AUACUAAAAAAGAUAAACAAAUAUCCUUAUAAAACAACCUAAAAAAAAAGCCCCAUCUUCGACCGAGCAACUCCAUCUGGUCAAAACACAUGCUUAAUUAAAAUUUGUUUUGAUGGAUUGAAUUUUGUUACUUUUUUUUUUCUUUUGUUUAAAAGCUUCGGGUUAAAUUUGAUAUUUGAUUGGGCCAAGUGGAAAACCCGAAAUAAACACGGAGAUUGAAGUGUUAAACCCUAAAUCCCAAUUCUCUCGCCAGCUAGUAGAUUGACCUGCGAAUCCCUCACACACACACAGUAGGUGUAUUUUCUUCUGAAUUCUUAUUAAUUAUCAGUUUUUAAAUUUCUAUAAUUCGUCGAUAAGCCUAAGUUCUUUCAUUCAGUUCAAAUUUAUAGCAUGUAUUUUUGGCUGUUACUUAAAUGCAUUAAAAUGAAAGUUUAUUUGGUGCCUAAAUCAAUAAAAAUCAUGUUUAUAUGCUUAAAAUGGCAAAUUGAUAAUAAUCCAAGAGCUCGUCGCACUGGGUUUGCUUAGUGCGGUUUACAUUUGCUAUGUGGUUUACGAGUUAUUGCACAUGAGCGGAUUUACCCAGUGUAGGGGCGGAGCUAGCUUGUUCCUAGGGGCGGGAAAUUAAACUAUUUAUAUAUAGUUGAAAUUAUUUUAUAGGUAUAUAUAGUAGAUAUUGGACCCUCUUAGGUUAGUUCGUGUGUUUACUUUUUCAUUUUUCGAACCACCUUAGUGAAAGUCUUGGUCCCUUAGUCCUGCCACUGCCAGUGUGAACCCGAAGGGCAGCGGCUGCGGGUUUCUCUAGGGUUCCUAAGGAAGAAAACAAUCCAAAAAAGGUGGAUAGUUGUAUUUCUUCUAAAGAGAAAUGUUUUGAAUUAAACAAAUAUUAACAGAGGUUUGUUUUUUGUGCUUAAGCUGGGGAAUUAUUGGGCAUUGUGUAGUUGAGUUGAGAAUGAGUGGUUAAGGUCAUGGAUUUAGUAUUAAAAAUCUUAAUUGGAAGAGGUCAACAUAAUGUCUGAAAGUAGAUUUACUGUUAAUUGGGGUAGUUGAUUUAGACGACGUGGUGAAGUACAUUUGAGUUAUGUUGGACUAUCCUAAAAUGUUUUCGUGUGCGUGUCGGAUCCUUAAAAAAUAGUGUAUUUUUGGAGUAUCCGAUAUGGUCCAGCAACACGUUUGAAGAGUCCGAGCAAUAUAACAUUUGAGUGCGAGAAGAAUUAUGAAGUCUCAGGAGGUUCAAAUAACCGUAGGUGAUUUCUUCCCAUUUUCCUACGCCUUGGUGAACAGAGUUACCAGGUAUCAAGUAUCUGUCUGGGUAGGUGAUAGCCAGCACUCGGUUAAAUAGUCGAGGUGCAAGCAAGCUGGCCUAUAUGAAAAAGUGAAGUACGUUUGAUGUAUAAUUUGUUGUUACAAGGAUUGUUAGACUUGAAUAUCUGUAAAUGAUGUGGUCUAAUGUGCCUUGUCUUGAUAUCUUUCUUUUUAUGGUUAUCUCAUGUCCGAUCUUGUCAAAGCACGCACAACACAAAAGAGCGUCUGUAAUUAAAAUGUUUGUCCGUUUGGUUCGGACAUCUUGUGCUGCUGUUCGCCCUUUAUCGACUGAAGCUGCUACAACAGUGAAGUCCACAAGAUCAGGUGGCACGAGCACUACUACUAGUUUAGAGGGUGGCACUAGUUCUGCCACGAGUUCUCGUGGCAGAGACACACUAGGAAAGAGGCUUUUGAGCUUAGUCUAUGCAAAGCGCAGUGCUGUCAUUACAAUACGCAAGUGGAAGGAAGAAGGGCACCCUGUCCGCAAGUAUGAGCUCAAUCGCAUUGUCCGGGAGUUGCGAAGACACAAACGAUAUAAACAUGCCCUUGAGAUUUGUGAAUGGAUGAGGGUGCAAGAUGAUAUCCAACUAUUAUCUGGUGAUUAUGCAGUUCAUUUGGACUUGAUUGCAAAAAUUCGUGGUAUGAACAGCGCGGAGAAGUUUUUUGAAGACCUACCUGAUAAACUGAAGGUUCAGACCACCUGUACUGCACUUCUCCACACCUAUGUCCAGCACAAGAACAUUGUUAAAGCCGAGGCUUUGAUGGAAAAAAUGUCCGAAUGCGGUUUCUUGAAGUAUCCUCUUCCGUAUAAUCAUAUGCUUUCCUUAUACAUAUCGCAAGGGCAACUAGAUAAGGUUCCAGGCUUGAUUCAGGAAUUGAAGAAAAAUACUUCUCCUGAUAUUGUCACAUACAACCUGGAGUUGGCAGUUUUUGCAUCGCAGAAUAACGUUGAAGCUGCAGAGAAAACAUUCCUUGAGCUAAAGAAGGCAAAAUUGGACCCUGACUGGAUAACAUUUAGUACAUUAACCAACAUAUACACUAAAAAUUCACUUCCGGAUAAGGCAAAGUCAACUUUGAGAGAAAUGGAGAAAAGGAUUUCCAAAAAGGCUCGAUCUGCAUAUUCGUCUCUCAUUAGUUUGCAUACAAAUCUAGAGAGCAAGGAUGAAGUUUUCCGAAUAUGGAAGGAGAUGAAGUCAAUCUUUGGUAAAUUGAGCGAUGUAGAGUGUAUUUGUAUUAUAUCUUCUUUGCUGAAGUUGGAUGAAUUUGGAGAAGCAAUGAAUCUGUACACUGAAUGGGAAGCUGUUACCGUGACGAAGGAUACUAGGAUUGCGAAUCUAAUUCUCGCUGCUUACAUCAACAAAAAUAAGAUGGAAAAGGCUAUCGAUUUUCAAGAAAGAAUGGUGCAGAAAGGCAUCUCUCCUAGCUGCACCACGUGGGAGCUUCUUACGCGGGGUUAUUUGAAGCAAAAGGAAAUAGAUAAAGUUCUCGAGUUUUUCAAGAAAACUGUUACAAGUGUUUCAAAGUGGGAUCCUGAUAAAAAGAUGGUCCAAGAGAUGUUUCAUGUAGUUGAAGAGCAGGGCAACAUUCAGGUGGCAGAACAGUUGCUAGUUACCCUUCGACAUGCUAAAUAUGUGAACACAGAAAUAUAUAAUGCACUUCUCCGAACUUAUGUGAAUGCCGGUAAGAUGCCAAUGAUAGUUGCGGAGAGGAUGAAAAAGGAUAAUGUGAAGAUGGACGAUGAAACUCAAAAGUUAAUUGGAUUAACUAGCAAGAUGACUGUAACUGAGGUUCCAAACGGUGUUGCUUAAGAACAAGGGCUGGACUUUUAACUUUGUAAAAUAUUCAGAUUUAUGCAAUUAAAGUUUUCUUAACUUUGUUAUGCCUCCCACAACUGUUAUAUUUUCCAUUUAUUACCAUCGGAUACCGAUUUUCUCUCCGUAAA